AUGAAAACUAAAAUUGAGAUCAUCACUCCUGCAAUUGAUUUAAUUGAGUCUUUAACAGCCAGAGGUAAUUCCCAACUAGCCAGCACUUUGGAUCUUACUCGUAAACUGAGAGAUGAUAUUAUUAGUUACGAAGAAACAAUUGAUAAGAUCAACGAUCUGAUAGCUACUACAGACCAAAAGAAGACAGCUCAGCAGCGCCAACUUGCUAUUUCCCAGGUUCAAAGUUCUUCCAAAACAUUGUUGACCAGGAUUGAAGAUGCGAUCCCACUGAUCUCGUUAGCACUCACCACCUCAGGGGCGAACCUUUCGAGCGCACUUCCGGAUACAGUAUCACCAUCAAGGCUACUUCAAGCUGCUAAGAUUCUCUAUCUUGCUGAUAGUCAAUUUGAGAUUGGAAAAAAUGAAAGACAGCAAGUUGGCCCAGAUUUCAAAGUCAAGCUAUAUACCAUUUUUACCAGUGCUAUCCGAGAUAUGAAAUUCAAGAAUCACGAAAUCACCUGGAAAGAAGAAUUUACGAAAUGUUCGGUCAGUUUAUGGAGGAUCAAGAGAGGAAGGGCAUCUAAUACGUUGGAAAAUGGCCUAGAUGCGAAAUAUUUUUACGAGCUUCUUAUAGAGGAAGACAGGGAUGAUGGAAGAUAUCAUAGUGAGGAUGAGGGUCCGAUAAAGAGGAGGACGGUUGACGUUUCAAUUGUAACGAGACUGUUCUUCUCUUUCUCAGGACAGAUUCUGGAACUUGAGGAGUCGGAGUCACCCGUAUUGUUGCUCAAGUUGAAUAGAGCAUUUAUGCCUGAUGGGCCUGUUAGUAAACUAAACGUAAUCGACAGUCUUGAGCAGGGUGAUGUUAGACCAUCAAGUUCUGUUGAGUGGAUAGCAUUUGAAGCAGUCACCGAGAGUGUGGAUACAACUGAGGAAGACGAUGAAGAGGAAAUUGAAGAAGUCGAAUCAUUCAGUGAUGAUGAUAAGAGCGGUGGCGAAGAGACAAACAAUGAGACUGGCAAUAGUGAUGGUGAAGAGAAAGACGAAUCUGAUGGUAGCUCUGAUUCUAAGGAUCCCUUGAUGGCAAAUCUCAUAUCAGCCACCUCUAAUUUGAGCAUUUCUUCCAAGGAAGCAAGAUCUCCACCGUCUCUAUCCCUGCUAGAGUAUUUGAUUCGGUUAGCAGCAUUACAAACUAAUGAUCAGGUCUCAAUGUAUGACUCUCCUGACGAACGAAUUGCUCUUUAUUUGAGAGAGGAAAAGGGUCGUCGAUCUGAACCCAAUGAUGCGGCCAAUGCGUCAUUCAACUCUAAUCUGGAUUCUCCUAGAAGUGUUUUGUCGAUUUCUCCCAUCAUAUCGCCAAGCACUAGGACCCGUGCUAUGACCAGAUCACCCAGUGCGAAUCGUCCACUUUAUGCAUCUCCUUUGGCCCACUCCACUAGUGGCCGUCCCAAGUCGCGAGUCCAACAUCUCAGUAGUGCCUUAGCACAGUCUCCAUUAAUUCAAGGCACUCCAAAGUCAUCGAGAGCUUCAAGAUCUAACUCAGGGUCUCCCAACAACCUAACUCCGUGGGAAAAGGACCGACUUGUAAACCGGUCAGCUCACGUUAGACGGGUUGUGAACAACUCUUCCGCCAUCUUUGCCAGUCCUUUCCGCAACAAGCCAAGAUUGCAACGGUCGGAGCAGAACCUAGAAAGUCCUGUUCGUCGCCGACCAAACUAA